GAAAAAUUAGUUUCAAACACUUUCAGUCAAUUUCACUCAUAUUUGUGAUUUUUGAAUACGCUGCAGUUGAUACCGAACGUUACUUUCAUCACCAACCAAAGGUUCAACAUUCCACCAUCAUCGUUUGUCUUGUCUUCAUCGAUGAAGCUGAACAAAUUACACUUUCAACUUCCAUGUGCUACCAAUUCUGGAUCCGCAAUCCCGGAAUUACUGCAAUUAUAAAACGGCGUCGAAAAUUUAUCUCUGCUAUCUAGAUUUGUUAAUUUGUCGCGAUGAAGCGUCCAAUUUCAGGGGAUAACAUUAACGAAGUAGGCAAUACAACCGGAAGCGGCGAGGAUCUGAAAGAGACGAAGAAGAGCAAAAUCGAUGGAGGAGGGGCGUCAAAGGAGGCGCAGGAUGUGAUGAUGGAUGAGAACUUGUUGUAUGAGGUGCUGAAUCGCGCCGACGCGCAGACGUUGGCGAGGGCGGCGUGCGUUAGUAAGCUGUGGAAUCGGGCGGCGCAGGACGAUCGGAUCUGGGAGCUGAUGUGCAUCAAGGACGGAUCUCACAGCCAGCAGCAACAGAAGCAGCUCCGGGCGGUGGUUGUCCCUCUCGGCGGCUUCCGGCGGCUCUACUCGCUCCACCUCGGGCCGCUCGGUAACCUGUCAUCAACGCCUUUAACUUCUCCGAGCUCCACAUGGCCCUGCCUGCGCGUGCCGCCGCUUCCGAGUCCGGCGAAAUCUGCCCCCAAGAAAAGGCGAUUAGGUAAGGAUGAAAUGAAUCUAUCGCUCUCUCUCCUCUCCAUCCGGUAUUUCGCCAACAUGAAUUUCAAUUAUGAAAAUAAGGGAUCAUGAAAUUGAAAUAGGUUCGUUUACUGGAUAUUUAUCCCCUGUAAUCUAUGAUCUCAUUAUACACACCGUACGAUUUGGAUUGCUUUGGUAAUGUAAGAACUCAUUGUGACUAUCAUCAUUCGAAUUACUUCCAUCUAAUAAAAAUACGGAGUAGUAAAGUGGAAUCAAAAGGAUAUUGUGCUUUGUAUAUAUCGCACCUUCGCCCUAAAUAAAAAUAUCCGUU